AUGUUCAGAUUUGGAAGGAAGAUUUUCAGCAAGCCUUCAUUCUCAUCAAAAACACUUGGAAAAUGUCUUUUGAUCGGAGGAGGAACAUUUCUCAUAGGAAAAGCCUUUUCUCACUCAUACGGCCAUGAAUCCAUUCAAAAAGUCAUCGAUGAUUUACAUCAAGCAGUAGUAGCAAAGCCUUGGAUGAUUCAGGCUUUUUCUGUUGAUGAUUUACCAAGUGCUGACUAUACAACCUUUCCAUUCCGAACAGCCAUAUGGAAAAUACCAUCACGAGAGGAACAAUUUAAAAUUGUAGAGAAUUUGGAUGAGGAUUUUGAUUUGUGUAUUGUUGGGGAUGGUUUGAUUGGUGCAUCGUUGGCUUAUGAAGCAUCGAUGAGAGGAUAUUCAGUUUGUUUGCUCUCAUCUAAUGAUUUUGUUUCACAGAGGGACGAUUUGGCAUUGAAUUCCAAUUUGAUUUUUCAUAAUGUGUUGGAGGGUGAUGAAUUGAAGGGACUUUUACCAAACUUUUUUCAAACUCAAGUGAUGAAGUGCUCUGGAGGUUUUGAAAAUGAUGUUAUCGAGUGUAAACAUUAUGAAAAUUUGUACAAUUCAAUGAAGGACAAGUUGGAGAAGAGAAAUCACUUGUUUUCUAUAGCUCCUCACCUAAUGAGAGAAUACAGAAAUUCAGAAAUAUUUAGAAACUCACAAAAGUUCAAGUAUUACAAGCAAAUGUGGAAAUUAUUGGGAUAUGAAUAUUUUGUGUAUGGAAAGGAUUUGUGGAUGGAGGAUACAAUUUUGGAUGAUAGAAAUUAUUGUGAAGCUAGAUUGGGAGUUUUGAGGAAUAGGUUCCAAGAAAGAACAAAGGAUGAGAGUGACUUGUUUAGAGAUUUGAAGGAUGCCAGAAAUGUUUUCAGAUGUAUCACAUACUAUGAUAGUGGUAUUCUGAAUUUAUCUAGAUUUAUCUCCUCUUUGGCUCUUACAUCGGCAGCAUCUGGAAAUAUUGCUCUGAACCAUGUGAAUGUCAAAUCUGUGGAUAUGGAUAAAUCAUUGCUGACAUUUUCAGAUAAGAUUAUAAACGAAAAGGAAUAUUCCAUCAAGUACAAGAAGGUAAUAUUUUGCGAGAAUACUUCUGAGGAUGAACAACUUCUCAAGAGGCUCAAUCCACACAAAUGCAAGGAAGAAUACCUGUUCACUCUUCCACAGCUUUCCAACUAUAAUAUCAUUACUCAGUAUGGAAAAUUUAUUUCACAUUACAGAUACAGCUUAUUAUCACUGCCAGCUCAACAAUUGGAAAACUUGAAGGGAAUAUUGAGAUUAGGUGACUUUACCAAAAAUGAUAUUUAUAGUUCUUCUAGAUUUGUAUUUGAUAAUGAGCUCAAAUUGAUCAGUUUGAAAUAUGAAAAUGCUUUGAGAAUCAUCGACAAAACCAAGGAUUAUUACUCAUCACAUGCUGUAUUGAAAUAUAUUUACGGAAAAGACUUGAAAGAAAUGAAAAAUACUGAACCAAUUUAUGGCUCUGAAAACUUUGUUCACUUCUUGACUCAAACCAUGAAGUCUAAAUAUCCUUACCUUCCUAAUGAUAUUAUCAGAUACUUGAAAUUCAGCUAUGGUGACAGAUGCUUGGAUGUUCUAUCACAAGAUGUGAAACAAGUUGCUGAUAAGCAAAUAUUUAGACACCAACAAGUUUGGGAAGACUUGCCAUUCAUUGAGAGUGAAAUUAAAUAUUUGGUGAAGCACGAGAAUUGUAUCAAGGCAUUGGAUGUAGCUAUUAGAUGUCAAAUGUACAAAUAUGAUCCAUUAAGAAUUGCAUUGGAACCAGAAAAGCUUUUGGACAUUAUGAAGGAUGACUUGAAGUGGGAUGAUAUCAAAUAUUCUCAAGAGAAACAAGAACUCAUUCAAUUCCUUAAUGGUUACACAAGAGAAUAG